UGAUGACGAGUAAAGACAUUUAACAAAAACAUGUACUGCAAUUUGUUAGUUGGUAAUAGUCUGAAAUAAUAAUAAUUAAAUUAUUACUUUCAGGACUAGUGUGGUUUAACGAAUUAUCGAAUUCACCGUACUAAUACACACAUUUGUUUAUCCUAUUUAAAACCUGGUCGAAGGAAGCAUGAAUUUUCAAGGCUUGAAUAGUUUAAAUAUUUUUAUGAACAAGUUUUCGGGAAAUUUUUUACCUGUCACAAACGAGAAAAAGGAACUGACUGUUCUUCUAAAAAUUUACUUACUUAUUGUUUGGCUGACACAGCUAACAUAUUUGGCUACUUGUAUCUUUGGACUUUUCCAUGUGCCUAGUGAAAGAGUACUAAAGGACAGCACAAUAAAUAUGAUAGUCUCGGUGGAAGCAAUCAUUUUGAUAAUUUAUCUAUCCAACCGUAAAAGUUUAUUACGCGCAUUAAUUGGGAAACUAAAUUAUGUUCUUCUCGUAGAAGAUGAAGUGCUUCAGAAGGCCGUAAUUAGUACAACAAGACCGUUAGAAAAACCACUGAGAAUAUAUACGAUUGCUAGUAUCAGUUCUGUUGUUAUUUGGACAUCGUUGCCAUUUUUCGAAGUGUUUCGGAAAAGUGAAUUUUAUUAUACCGACUAUCGAGUGCCAGCUGGUUUAUUUGAGGAACCUUUCACAGUUGGCAUUUUUAUUAGCGGAGUUUUCCUUCAGAUUUUCGGCAGUGGAUAUACGAUAACCAGAAAAGUUAGCUUGGAUCUCUACACAAUGCAUUUAAUACUUUUAGUAACCGCCCAAUACAAGUAUCUCCGGAUCAAAUUUGCAGCGAUAUUUCAACAGCAAUCUAGCAAGCAGCAGAAUUCAAAUGAUAUGAUUAAACGGAAAUUGAGAUUGUUAACUUAUCAUUAUGGAACCAUAAUUCA